AAAAUACAGUUUUCUUUUGAUGCAUAAGUUAUUCAAGUUUUAUCUAAUGUUAUUUUACAAAAAAAGUUUAUAUGUUAAGCGUUAAAUGAAUUCAAAUUUAUUAUAAGAAACGUAUAUGCUUGAUAAAUUGUAUUCACGACACAUUUGUCCAUAACAAUAAUUAAAUAUACUUAAACAGAAAAAAUGUUGAAUUUAAAAAAAAUACGUUUUCCAUGGAACAAUAAUAUAGUCUUAUAUUUAAACAUUUUAACUGAUAAAAAGUGUUCUGCUUUUUUUUAAUAACUUCUAAGUCUAUCAAUAUGUUGAAAAAAUUAAUGUGUUUGUGAUUUUUAUCGUUUUAACAUUUUUUUUAGUCUUAUUUAAAUCAGGAAAAAUUUCUACUCAAUUAUAUAACUUACUUCAAGAGGAGCAUAUACAAGGGUUUCCAUAUAAAAACUCCCUAGAGCAAAGAUGUUACCUAAGAAUGAAAAAGUUCUAACACAAAAUAGAUGAUUUUUCAGUAAACUAUUUUUAAAAAUAUAAUUAUCAUACAGUUUUAUGGAAUGUCUAUUUUUAUAUUUAGUUACCUUGCCAUAUAAUGAAUAUCUAAACUAAAUUAAUGUGCCAUUUACAAAUCCAGCAACACUAUCAAGAAUUGAUAUCAAAGAAAAUUUGUUGACCAAUCUUUAACUCAAGAUUAUUUACAUCAUAGAGGAAACUAUCACUAUUCUUCCCUCCUGGACAUGGUCUUAAUGUGUUUUAAUUUUUAAUUUUCAAAAAACUCCGUUUUUCAUUAAAAUAAAAAUAUAAUUAAUAUUAAAAGUUUGAUUUAAUAAAUUAUAAAAUGAAUUCUAAGAAAGUUAAAGUCUGGACUGAAGUUGAUGGAACAAGAAAUCACAUAUUUUAUAAAGAAAUAUCAGAAAAUGAAAUACAAGACAAUUACACUAAAAUAAAUCUUCCUCCAGAAAUUAUUGAAAAAAUAGUGUAUCAUCUUGAUGGAAAAACUUUACUAGAAUUCAAACUUCUCUCCAAAGAUUGUUAUAAUAUUAUUAAUAAUGUGGUUAAGUAUAAUAAACUUUGGAAAAAAAUUUGUUUUAGUGAAAUUUCAAGAAAUUAUUUAUUAGAUAUGUUGAGAAAACGAAAACAUGGUUUGAUAUGUAUUGAUUUACUUACAGAAUCAGAUUUUGAAUGUUUAUUUAAAUGUUGGCUAUUAUGGCAAAAACAAAAAUUUAAAGUAUCUCAUGUUGGAGAAGAGCAUUUUUUGGCUGGAGAUGGUAUUUGUAAGCUUAUAAAUUUCCAAAAUUAUUUUGAAAUCAUUUCACCAAAAUAUAAAAAUUUAUAUUGUCUCACUAUGAAUGAUAAAUCUGAAAUUAUUUCAAUUGUAAAAGAAGAUUCAAAGUCACAUCGUAUAAAUAGUUUAAUUAUAUUAAAUCCACAGCCUGAUUGUUCAAAUGAAAAUCAUGUGAUAGCUUGCAACUCUAAUGGUCCAAAUAUAUGUCCUAUACAAUUAGCUUUAUAUGAAGGUCAUAAUGGGUUAUCAAUAGAGUAUAGUGGUAAACUUCUUGAUGUAGAUACAAAUCUUCAUAUUGCAAGAUGUUGCUGGAUACGUGAAUCAUGGUAUGGCUGUUUUUCACAUCAUAAACAGAAAUUGAUAACAGAACAUACUUGUACAAAAUUGAAGUAUACUAUAUAUUCUUCAGUUAUACAUGGACUUGUAAUUGGGCGUACAAAUAACAAUGGUUUAAUAUGUCAUGAUAUGUAUAGAGAUACAUGUAAAACAAUUUGCCCUUGGCUGGAAACAAAAUAUAUUGAAGCUACUGCUAUAUGUGUUUACACUAAUAUGUUAUUUGUUGGUACACGAAAUAGUUAUUUAUUAGUGUAUCGUUUAAACAAUAUAAAAGAUUUUGAAUGUCUUCAAACAAAUAAUAAAUUGUUAGAGGAACAUUUGAGUAUUGGACAAAUAGUCUCAUUAGAAAUUAUGGAUUAUAAAAAUUACAGAAUUAUUGCUGUUGCAUCUAAUUCAAGUGUAAUUUGGCUUCAAAUUUCUUAAAAGUAUAAAAGUAUACUAUAAAUAAGUAUUUAUGAAUAUUUUUAAUGUAUAAAUUAACAUGAUUAAUAAGAUAUGUAUUAGGUAAAUUAAUAUACCUCUAAAUAUUUUUGAGCAUCAUAUAUAAUGAUAAUAAU